AUGACGAUGACGACGACGCGCGCGAAAGAUGACGAUGACGAUGACGACGACGACGACGACGACGGGCGCGUCGUGCGGGCGCUGCGAGCGCUCGGUGCGUCCUCGGCCGUGCGCACGGGACGGGUGCGAGCGAGAAACGUGCUCGAGGUGGUGGAGACGUGGGACGACGACGGGUCGGGACGGGCGCUGCGGGCGUUCGCGCGGUUCGGAGACGCGGAGAGCGCGCGCGCGCUCGCGAGGAGAGACGCGGACGCCCGGCGAGGGUCGAGCGCGAACGCGAACGCGAGCGGACGGCGGGGAUUCGUCGCGACGCUCGAUGCGUCGGGGGUGGACGAGGAGGGGUGGAGCGCGAUGCAUCGCGCGUUGCAUUACGGCGAACUGAAAGUCGCGCGGACGCUGCGCGUGGAGUGCGCGAACGGCGAGUACGAGCGACCGCUCGAUCGCAGAGGACGGGCGCCGAUCGAUGUGAUCUCUGAAAAGCUCGCGAGGGAUCGACGGAUGCGACGGGAGGACGAUUCGAACGCGCGGCGGUACUUGCACGCGUGGGGCAGCGGCGCGAACAACGCGCUCGGCACCGGGAGCACCGAGACCGCGCGCGCGCCCGCGCGCGUGGAAACUUUACGAAGUCGUGACGUGCGGGCGGUGGCGACGAACAAAGUGCACGCGCUCGCGGCUGACUGCGACGGUCGGUUGUUCGCGUGGGGAUGUUCGCGCGACGGCGCGUUGGGCCUAGGAAAAAUCAGUGAGCGGGACCAAAACUCCGCCGCGGCGGUGUUCUUUCCGAAGCUCGUGCGCGCGCUCGGGAGGAACAUUCGCGUCAUCGCGGUCUCCGCCGGUUUGUCGCACAGCGCGUGCGUCACCGCCGAUGGCGACGCCUUCACGUGGGGCUGCGCCAGACUCGGUCGGUUGGGAUACUUCGUCGCGAGCGAGGCCGAGCCAGAAAGCGCUCGUUCGGAGACGGACGAAGAGCAAGAGCAACGACGCUGGACGCAGUGGACGCCGCGUAAGGUGCCGAACAUGGGCCCUGCUCGAGCGCGCGACGUUUCGUGCGGCGACGCGCACACUGCGAUUUUAGACGCGGACGGCGCGGUGUGGACAUUCGGCUCAAACGAUCGCGGGCAGCUCGGAUACUUCACCGCUUGCGACGAGGGUUCUCCGCACUCCGCGGUCGCUAGGCAGGUUGAAUACCUUAAGCAUCGCGAUGUCGCGGUGGCGUGCGUGUCGUGCUCGAAGCAUCAUGUCGUGGUGUGCUCGGUCGCGGGCGACGCGUGCUAUUCCUGGGGCAACGGCUCGACGAACUCGCGUCGAGUGGUGUUUCCGAAACCCACCGAUUACGGCGUGAGUUGGCACGCGAUCGAUCACCGCGUCGUAAAAGUCUCCGCCGGAGGGAUGCAGAGUGCCGCGAUCACCGUUGACGGCUGGGUGUACGUGUGGGAUAGCGCUGGUGAAAGUCUCGAGGCGCGACUUCUCGAUGAAAAUAACGCACUCGGUUGGGACAGGCGCGCCGUAGACGUUUCGUGCGGUGCAACUUCAUCCGUCGUCGUCGCGCACACAGGCGAGGCGUAUACCUGGGAUGCGAACGAGUUUGAGUUUGAUGCGCAGACGAGACUGUCGCCGGCGCCGGCGCCGUUUUCGUCAUCGCCGACCGUCGCCGGGAAUCGACGCAUCGGCGCACUUCGGCGCGUUCCAGGACUGCGAGGCAUCGCGAGCGCGUACGCCGGGGAAACACACUUCUUCGCGAUUCAACGGAUUUCUCUACCAAAGUUUUCCCUCGGGAGACUGGAUCCACGAAGUCGCCAAGCGCCGGUUGAAUCUGACUUUGAUCGUCUCAUUCGAGACAUUGGCUCGGUGACGGUUUCGCCUUUCGUUGACGACGAAGAGGAGGGGCCAAGCGAGGAAGACGAAACUGAUGAGGUCGACGCUCCGAUGGGCGCGUUUCCAUCAUUGAAAACGCUCGCAGAGCACGCGGUGGCAAACGCAUUCAUUGAACCGCGAAAUGUUUUGGACGUCGCGCAGCUCGCCGAUCAGGUUGGAAGCGACGGUUUGAAGCGGUACGCGAUGGAAUAUGCCUUGAAAAACCUCGAUGUAGUGCUUUUAGAGACGCCGAAACCGUGUCUCGAAGAGCUCGAUGACGAGACGCUGGAAGAGCUCACGCACAUUUUGCACCGUGACGACAUCGUCUCUGGAUGGAGCGAGAGUGCGCUUGAGACGCAGCGCUUCGUGACGGAACGAGUCGAAGAUAUCGAACGUGCGGCGAUGAGUAAACCAAAGUAUCGUGCACAGAUUGUCGAAGCGGCGCCAAAGGAAGUGGUGUACUCACCUCCGCCGCUCGCAUCUCAAAUCGUCGCGACGAAGCCACCGCAACCAACGAAAUCAGGUUCGCGCUCGACGCCUCGCUCGAUGCCUCGUGUGAAAGGGUCUUUAAGUAUGUUCUUGUCGGGUGAACUCCAGGGCGACUCGAAGACGCCGUCUCCACCGCCUACACAGCAGAUAUCGAGAGGUACGCCUUCGCUAAGGGAAAUUCAAGAGCAACAAUCUCGAGCGGCGGCCUCAGCGUCAAAGUCUAUCGCCUCGGCGAGUAAUGCCCCGACGGUGUUUUCGCCGUCGCCAUCAUCCCCUGGUACGUUCUCACUCGGCGACAUCUUACGACGGCAACAAAUGCGAGGCACAAAUGCGUGGAAAGCUCCCGCGGAUGAAGACUCAAGGAGCGGCUCGCCGAGGAGCAUGCGAGAGAUCCUCGCUGCGGAGGCCGAAAAGGCGGCCGAACGAGACGAUAAUUUCACGACGACAACAGGUUUUAACGUUCGUGGCGCGUCCCCCGAUCGUUGGUACGUCGAACCUCGGGGAAAAUCGAAGAGUCUCCGAGAAAUUCUCGAUGAGGAGCGCGCCAACGAGGAGUUGCAAAUCGCGCUCGACGCCAUCAAGGCGCAAGAAACCGCCGAAGCGUUGGCCGAGAUCUCGAAGAGUCAGAAACGUAAAGGAGGUGCUCGACGAAAACACAAAACCUCCACGGAGGCGACCACGGAAUCGACGCCACCGCGCGCGGAGUCCUCCGGUUCGAGUCGCCGACGAAAACCGCCCAACAAAGCCGCCGAGUCCAAAUCGACCGCCCCCGACGCCGCGUCACCGACGGAAGAUAAGAAAUCAAAGGAACGUCGUCGACGGUCGAAACGACCGAGCGAGAAGACGAAGAUUUAG